AUCACAUGUUGAAUGGAUCCGUGGUUUUGUGAUUGUUUAUUAUACCUUGUAAAUUAAGUUAUUUAAGAAUUAAACCUUUACUGCAAAUAAUUUGCCGAAACGGUAUUCCUCACACUUUUCAAAUAUGUCUAGUAAUUUAAACAUUAUGUAUCUUUGUAAUUUUGAUACGCGUGCUGUUAAUUUUGAUAGUGAGACAUUAAAGAAAUUAUGGACUGGGAAUUGGAAUAUAGAAGAAACUGAAAUAUGCAAACAGUUAUUUUCCUAUAAACUUGAAAAUGAUACCUUAUUGGAGAUAUUACAAAAAUAUUCGGACGAUAGUUUUACUGAAAAAAUAUUGGAUAUAGCUAUCAGUGCAUUUCUUACUUAUUGUAAUAGUAACUGGAGCACUGUUUCCAAGAACAUAGAACUUGAAGAAUACUUCGGAACAGUAUGGCCUAAAGAUGUUGAUGUACAUACAAAACUCCAAUGUGACUCAGAACCAAUAUGUUCAAAUAUUUUGUAUCCAGAAUUAUUGUAUUUUUCAUCACAAAUAUUCAACACCCUCUAUACUAUAGAUCAAGACCUGGUGUACCUAUGGUGGAUGUUCCGUAUCAAAGUGAUGCAUCAAAGAGCAUUAGAAGAGACCAGCGCCAGUCUUUUUAAUGACUUAGAGAUUAUAAUAGCAAAGUUAUGUAAUGAAUCACAAAAAUUGGAUCAUCGGAUAAAAGUUUUAUUAUUCAUAGAAAUAGCACAGGCAUAUCUAAUUUACGGCAGAAUACAAAAGGUUGAGGAGUAUUUAGUUAAAGCUAAAGAGCUUGCGGGCUUAAAAUUAGAAUUAACAGGUGUCUUAGGAAAACGUACCAAAUAUCAACAGAAUGUAUUGCCGCAGUUAGCAUUAACAAGUGAGUUAGAUGCAAAUGUAAUGCGUGAUUCAGCGGAGAUGAGCCAUGGUGAUUCAGAACUCCCGCCUGAUGUAGAGUUGCAGGAUGAUUUGAGAUUAAACAAGAUACAUUUUGUGGAAACAAUCAAUCAGAUAGAAUUACCUAGCUUGGAGCAGACAUUGUGUUUACUUACCGUCCAAUACAUACAGAAAUCACAACCUAAAGAUGAUUUAUUGACAGAGGAACUCCAGCCGUACAUAUCUGCGAUACUCUCGCAGCAGAAAGGUCCAUGGUCCACUCGUGUAGCGGCACUGCUCAUCCGGUGUAAACUGGAAGCUAAUCACAAACGCACGGUGGAGCGCUCCAUGAUGCAAUGUGAGACUAUAGUGAAUGACAAAACUGAUGUAUCGGCUACAACCAGAUUGUCGUACGUGUGGGCGAGUGGCAUGCCGAUGUCGUGGUGUUGGCGGCAGCAGCUGGGCGAGCUGUACGUGGGCGCGGGGCUGGUGAAGGCCGCGCUGGAGCAGUUCCAGCGGCUGCGGCUGUGGGAGGACGUGGUGCUCUGCUACACAUUGCUGCAGCUGCGACACAAGGCAGCAGAAGUAAUCCAGCAGCAAAUAGACAUAAAACCAACUGUCAAAUUAUAUUGUCUUUUAGGUGAUGCGACUGAUGAUGUGUCUUGUUAUGAAAAGGCGUGGGAGUUUUCUAAUCAUAAAAGCAGUCGCGCGCAAAGACAUUGGGGCAAUUUCCUUUUUAAUCAGAAGAAAUAUGAAGAAUGUAUCCCACAUUAUGAGAAAUCAGUUGAAAUCAACUCUAUACAGGAAAGUGUGUGGGCUAGAUUAGGUUACGCGGCUCUGUUGACCGAACAGUGGGAAUUGUCGGGCAAGGCAUACCGCCGCUACACCUACCUACACCCUAACACAUUCGAGGCGUGGAACAACCUCGCUAAGGUGUACGUGCAGCAAGGGGACAAGCAGAGAGCUUACAAAUGUCUCAUGGAAUCUCUGCGUUAUAACUACGACAACUGGAAGUUGUGGGAGAACAUAGUAUUGGUGAGUAUGGAGACGGGGCACGUGGAGGAGGUGGUGCGAGGAGUGCAUCGUCUGCUGGACCUGCGCGGAAAGUACGAAGACCUUCAGGUCUUGACUUUGCUCGUGCACACCAUCCUACACAGACAGGGCCUCGGAGACGACGAUAGCGAGGCUAGAUUACGAAAACGAGCCCUCGAACUGUUUGGCAGAAUCACUUCUAUACAUCAGAACAAACCAGAAAUAUGGCAAUUGUAUUCCGAUCUAAGUACAACUUAUUUGCUUAAAGCACAACGACUGUUAAAAGCUUACAAAGGCUACACUCAAAGUGGUGACUGGCCAAAUAAUCCGGAAACCUGUAUAAAAGUAAUGGAGUUAACACAAAACCUUUUAGAACACAGUUUAAAAGCAAGACAGGAGGUAGAAGAUAAUGAAAAACUACAAGCGGAGCAACAAUUAUCUUCUGCUCGCUUGACCGGACAGGCCGUCAUACGUGCUGUGGAGAAACAAGACUGGCCGGAAACUAAAACGCUAUUAGAAGAAUUAAAAAAUAUUUUUAAUACUGUUACAGAUUAUAUAAAAUCCAUAAUGUAAAUAAUAAAUAUUGUUUA